GGCGAAUGGGCUGAGUUUUCCGAGCCACCUUCUGCGACGCGCUCGGAGUUCAGCCUCGCUUCAGACAUGGAGCCGCACUCACGGCCGUGGUCUACAUCCGAGGCGGCGUCCAUGAACACUCUCGCGCCGGCUUUCGAGGCCUUCCAGUUCGCCGAUUCACCGACGUCGCAGGAGGGCGCCGGCGCCGCUGACGCCUGGUAUAGCUACCCUACGCUUGCGUCUCAGGAGCAGCAGUAUCGAGUGGAGGCCGAGCGGGACGUGCCACUCAUGUACCCGAAGCCCAGCCUGCCCAUUGGCGUCUCUGACUUGGUGGACCGGGCUGGCGAUGAGCUCGCGGCGGCGCCGGAGGGCGGGUAUUUCGGCUACAUGGGAGCGAGUGAGGAGGAGGGAGACUUGACGGGCGUGGUGGUGUGAUGGCGAAAGGAGGUGGUGUAAUGGGCGAGGGGUAAUGCAUGCGGUCUGGUAGGGUAUGGUACUAUCGAUACAUAUACUAGAGCACGGGUUAAUUUGGGCGCAUUGUAUAUACUAUAGUUUAUGGCCACAUAAAAGGGGUUCAUUGGUACGCAUCCGCUCGGUAGUUGUCUGCUGCAGAUAUUAUAUACACGACGAGUCGGUGAAUUUUGCA